GUUGGUUUUCUAAUAAAUGUGUACUUUAAACCUUAACCACUAUAAUGAAAUGUUGGUUUCCUGCAAACUGCGUAGCUCAACGUAUUGAUGGGUUGGUCCCCUGCUUACAGGUUUCAGGCUCCUCUGCAGAGCGUGUUCUUAUCAUGGUAGCCACCAACAGACCAUGGGAGCUUGAUGAUGCUGUUCUCAGGCGUUUUAGCAAGCGUGUGUCUGUGAGCAUGCCUGAUGUCGAUACAAGGCUUACACUUUUGAGACAACUCCUGGGUGAUCACAACAACCCGCUCUCAGACAGUGAGCUCAAACAGCUGGCUAAACUGACCGAGGGGUACUCUGGCAGUGAUCUGAACAGCCUUGCCAAGGAUACUGCCCUCGACCCCAUAAGAGGUUCGUUAACCUGGAUAUUCUAUACUGACAUGACUGCAGACUUGUCCCCUGACGAGGUCCAUUAG